AUGUGGGCGUCGAUAUUAACAGCUUGCGUUCAAUCAAAUUUGCUCCUGCAGGCUACUUUGCAGAUCAAAAAUGGUUCUUUUAGGAAUCUUAGUCUUAAAAGUGGUGACCCAAUGCAGGUUUGGGUGGAAUACGAUAGCAUGAACAGACAACUUAAUGUUACCAUGUCACCUAUUCACAUACCAAAACCUGAACUCCCACUAUUAUCCUUGAAAAAGGAUCUUUCACCAUUCCUGCUAGAGUAUAUGUACGUGGGGUUUUCAUCCUCCACAGGCUUACUUCAAGCGGAUCAUUACAUACUAGGUUGGAGUUUCAAGAUGAAUGGUCAAGCCCAACAAAUUGACUCGUCUCGCCUUCCCAAGCUUCCCCAAAGUCGACAAGUGAGAGAUGAUAAACAAAUCAAGAGGAUUUUGGCAAUUGCAAUUGUAUCGGCCAGCAAUGGCCAGCCCAAGGGAACCCUAAAUUGGAUGCAAAGGUUUAAGAUCAUCAAAGACGUAGCUUCAGGACUCCUCUAUUUGCACCAACAAUGGGUAAAGGUUGUCAUUCACAGAGACAUCAAAGCCAGCAACGUGUUGAUAGACAACGAAUUCAAUGGAAGAUUAGGGGAUUUUGGUCUUGCCAAGUUAUGUGAUCACGGAACUGAUCCCCAAACCUUGAAUUCGAGAGGUCCCACCCUUUUGUGA